AUGAAGAAACUUAAGGAAGACAAGCUCUCGCUCACAAUGAGAGAAGCUUUGGCUCGAAACGCAUUGAUGGAGAACAAGAUGAAAGCGGACAUGAGCUCAUUAAGUACUGAUGCCAAGAGAAAUUUGCAAUCCUUGGAGUUUUACAAGAACAAAUACCAGGCCCGACAGAAAGAGUUAGAGAUGGAAAAACAUCGGAAUGCGUCUAACAACGGUGCAAGAAAGAUUUCUGCUCCCUCGCGUCUUAUGAUGAACACGGAAUAUCAAGACUUAUUGAGCGGUGAAAUGAUUACUGAUCUAACAAGUUUUCGAAAACAAGAAAGAUCAAUCUCUGAUACUCUGCUGCCUCAGAUCUAUCGCUGUGAAAAUGGUGGCAAAUUACCAGUGAUAGUAGCUAACCCUAAAGCUGAAGGACUACUUUUGCCUUCUAUUGGUUCGAGUGCAAAUAGCAAUGGUAGGCAAAGAAGGCUAUCUGCCACAAACAUGAGCUACUCCCGGCCGGGAUCUCCUAGUUGUCUUUUGACAGCACCAGCGAAUAUUGGUCAGUCAAGGUCUGCCCCUAGCUCACCGCGUACACCAAAAAGAGAUUUUUCAGGGUGGACCAGGUCACCAUCCCCUGGGGGCUUUAGAAAGAACUGCACCGGGGACUUCGGAGAGGAACUUGCUCUAAAACUGGAUAAAGCAUUACUACAACGAAGAGCAUCGGAUCAAGGUGCAAGGACAAAAGAUGACGGUUUACAAGAAGAACAGCGGAAAGCUAUGCAGGAACCGAAAAGAUUUCCCACUAAGAGGGAGAAAUCAGCUUCUGCAAAUCGAGAAAGUAAAGACGUAAAAGUUACCAGAAAGAUUUCCAGCCCUGGUACGGCGCUUAAUCAAUCAACGGCUGGUAACACUUUGAACAAUGAACACCGCAAGUCGCUUGAAGAAAGCAUGAAUGACGUACGGUUUUGUAAGUACUUACGGACAGCCUCAUUGGAAGAGGACAUCAAGCAAGGCAAACUACCAGACGAGUUGGUACCCAAAGUGAUAAUAGUUGGCCAUACAGAAUGGGUACCUGGAGACUGA